AUGACCCACGUUAAUGGUAAACCAAUUCUUGUUAACUAUGCCGAAAAGCAUGUUAAACACGUUGAUUGUGAAUGUUGUGCUGAAGCUGGAUUCGAAGGUCCAGAGAAGAGAUUAGAAUUAGAUUUCCGUCCUAUUGCUAGUGACUUGCCAAUUUAUCAACAAUAUAAGGAUAAGCAUAGAGAUGGUUCUGAAGAAGAUGACAUUUCAAACUUCUACAACUUGAUGAACGUUACUGAUGAAACUUGGCAAUCCAUGUUGGACUUGGCUUGUUGUAGAAUUCUUUCCAAGAAGACUAACGAACAUUUUGUUUCUUAUGUUUUGAGUGAAUCUAGCUUGUUUGUUUUUAAGAGAAAACUUGUCAUCAAGACUUGUGGUACCACCACAUUGUUGGGUAUUUUGAAGAAGUUGAAGGAAAUUGCUGCCACUCAAGGUUUGGAAGCUGAAUUGGUUAUUUUCAGUAGAAAGAAUUAUGUCUUCCCACAUAGACAACCACAUUACCACUCCUCUUUCGAAGAAGAAUUGAAAUACUUGACUGAUGAUUUCCCAGGUGGUGAAGGCCACGUUGUCGGUUCAGUAUUGUCUGACCAUUGGUAUAUUUACAUUUGUGAUAUGCAAGGUGUUGAUGAUCAAAUUACAAAGGAUCCUGACCAAACAUUGGAAGUUUUGAUGCACGAUUUGGAUCCUGCUGUUAUGAGACAAUUUAUGGAAGAAGCUAGAAAGGAAAGAGCUCCUGGUGUUACUAUCGAACAACAAUCUGGUAUUGAUAAAUUGUUGCCAGGUUCCGAAAUUGAUUCCUUCGAAUUUGAUCCAUGUGGUUACAGUAUGAACGGUUUAUUGGGUAAGACUUAUUGGACUAUUCACAUUACUCCAGAAGAUAGCUGCUCAUUUGUCAGCUUUGAAACUAAUGUUAAGACAUCCAAGAUUGAAAAUUACUCUGAACUCAUUGAAAGAGUUAUUCAUACUUUCAGACCAGGUCGUUUCACUGUUACUUUGUUUGCUGAUGACCACUGGGAUAUUCAACAUGAACUCCACAGAACUCCAAGCAAGCAAUGUUUGUCAGACGAACACACCACUCUCUUGGACCAAGAAUCCUUCCAAAUCCACAAUUCCAACUUGAUGAAGACUUACAGUGCUUUCACUAAUUUGGCUCUCGGUGAUGAAUACAAAUUGAAGAGUAAGACUUUCUACGAAUUCACUGGUGGUUACAAUUUGACUUUCACUAACUUUGCCAAGAUUAAGUAA